AUUCUGAAAUAUAUUACUUCCUACUUCCUAGUGUCUUUAUCUCUCUCUCUCUCUAUCUCUCUCUUUCUCCCUCGCUCUCCCUCUAUCUUUCUCUCUCUUUCUCUCUCUCUAUAAUCAAGAAAGGAAAAUUGAUAUCGCAAAGAGACGUCUAGAUGAAGAGAUCAGUUGCACAACUGGUGAUUCUGUGUCUCAUUGUGUCAUGUACCAAUGGAGAAACCAAAGGUGUUAGAAGCAACUCCGAUGGAUCCGAAGCUUGGGGAUACGUCGAAGUUAGACCAAAAGCACACAUGUUUUGGUGGCAUUAUAAAAGUCCGUAUAGAGUUGAAGAUCCUUCCAAGCCAUGGCCUAUUAUCCUCUGGCUCCAAGGUGGACCUGGAGCUUCAGGAGUUGGAAUAGGGAAUUUUCAGGAAGUUGGUCCAUUAGACACAUUUCUCAAGUCCAGAAAUUCAACUUGGUUGAAAAAAGCCGAUCUCUUGUUUGUGGAUAGUCCAGUUGGGGCAGGGUACAGUUUCGUGGAAGAGAAGCAUUUGUAUGUGAAAAGUGAUGAAGAAGCAGCAAAGGACUUGACCACACUGUUGCAACAACUCUUCAACAAAAACCAGAUUUUAAACCAAAGCCCUCUCUUUAUUGUUGCUGAAUCUUACGGUGGCAAAAUUGCAGUUAAGCUCGGUUUAUCAGUUAUUGACUCUGUUAAAUCUGGCAAAUUGAAGCUUCAUCUUGGAGGAGUGGUUUUGGGAGAUAGCUGGAUAUCCCCUGAAGAUUUUGUGUUUUCAUGGGGACCUCUUCUCAAGUAUGUCUCAAGGCUUGAUUACAAGGGCAUGGAUCUCUCUAAUAGCUUAGCAGAGAAGAUUAGAAAACAACUUAAGAAUGGUGAAUACGUUGAAGCCACGGAAACGUGGAUGGAGCUCGAAUCCAUAAUUAGCGGCAACUCGAAUUCCGUCGAUUUUUACAAUUUUCUUUUGGAUUCUGGAAUGGACCCUGUCUCGCUUACAACGAGCGAAGAAACUAGAAGCGAAAAUAGAAUAUUAAAAAAGUAUUCUAGAUAUUUAAAUGACUUGAAAAGUUCGGGUGAUCUAGAAGAAGGCGGCCUUGAAAAAUUAAUGAAUGGCGUUAUCAAAAAGAAGCUCAAGAUUAUUCCUAAAGACCUCUCAUGGGGGAACAAUUCGAGUAAUGUAUUUACAGCGAUGCAGGCUGAUUUUAUGAGACCCACAAUCGAUGGCGUCGAUGAGCUUCUUGUCAAGGGGAUAGAUGUGACCAUCUACAAUGGACAACUUGAUGUUAUCUGCUCAACAAGUGGAGCUGAAGCAUGGGUUCACAAGCUCAAGUGGGAGGGGCUAGAAGAGUUUAAGAAGAUAGAAAGAGAGCCAUUAUACUGUGAAAAUGAUAGAACAACAACAAGAGGAUUCACAAAAUCAUUCAAAAAUCUCCAUUUUUAUUGGAUUCUUGGAGCUGGUCAUUUUGUACCAGUAGAUGAGCCAUGUGUUGCAUUAAAAAUGAUUGGAGAGACAACGAAGUCACCACAACGUUGAGUCUUUGACGAAAUUUUCUUCCAACUUCACAUCACAAAUUUCAACACAAGAAGAGAGGAGACAUCAAUCUGAUUGAUUUUAUAACUCAAACGUUUUAAAAAAAAGAAAAAGAUAUUUCAUCUGUAGUUAACAGUGAAGCUACAAAUGAUUUGUUUUUUUUUUCAAAUAAAGAAUAAUGAGAAAAGUUGAAAAAAAUACUUGAUAUGUUCAUCAUCCUCGCUAUUUUAUUAUUUUUAGUCAACCGGAUAACAAAAA